AAUUUUCAAAAAUACAAAAUAAAAACCGGUCUGAAAAUCGGGCGGAGACACAAGAGAGUGGGAAGCCGUUGAGAAGGAGAAGAAAAAAAAAAAGGGGGAAAAAAACUAAACAGCCAAAACGCAAUUUCUUGUCUCCUUCCCUCCCUCUCACUGUCCCCAAAUUUAUUUUUUUUCAAAUCUGAAAGAAUAAAUUAGAAUUAUUAUUAUCUAUAUUUUUGCUCAAAAUUAUUUGGCAAUAGAUUACUCGCUCCCCUUUGUUUAUCUUCCUUUAUGUUUGCUCAGAUCUAGACCUUGUCAGAAAUUUAGGGGCCAAACGGAUUGGGCAAAUCGGCGACGUAGUAAAAACCGCCGGUUCUAUCCGAGAAUCUGAAUUGAAAUGGAUGAUUUUCCAGGUUUAUUAGCCAAAGAUUUUGGGGUCAAACCCCAAGGGAAGUCGGCGCCGAUGGCACCUCCUAGAAACCCUUCUUCGGGUUCCAAUUACGGGUUCGGAUCCGAUUUUACCCGCUCCUCAUACGGCAACUCCAAAUCGUCAUCCAAUUCCAUUUUCGACGACGACGUCUACCGUGGACAGCCUAAAUACUCUUCUGAGUCUCGAGCCACUAGCGCGCAAACGCCGUCCUUCGAUUACGAUUCCUUUUUCAAGGACCCGAAGCCGCCGGUUUUUGACAAGCCUGUUUAUGAUGACGAUCUUUUCGACGGAUUGCCUGGGAUCAAGAGCUCCUCCACGGCCGCUAAGUAUGACGACGUUUUUGCGGUCUCGGGGUCUUCUCCAAAGCAUAAAUCGAUGAGUAGCUCGCCGCUGGAUGCUCUGCUUGGGAAUCUGGGGAGGAAAGAGACCGAGAUGAAGUCCAAGAGCGAGAGAGUGAAAGCAGAAAAAGAUGCACCUUUAUUUGAUGAUUUGCUCGCUGGUUUCGGUCAGAGUAACUCUGCAGCAUCUGCAAGAUCAACUUCAGAGUCUAGCCGGUCUCAGAAACUAGCCUCAAAUUCAAGCAAGACUGGCUCUAAUUUGAUGGAGAACCCUUUUGUUGUCUUAGAAGCAAAACUGGACCCUGCAGAUUUAUCCACAGGGUUGUUUGCUGACCCCCCUGGAGUAACAAGUAAACUUAAUGGAUUUGGGAAGUCUGGUGUAGAGAGCUCAUCUGGAAGUGGGGGAGUAUUUGAUGAUAUUGAUCCUCUUCAUGGUCUUGGAAAAUCUGUACCGCUUGGGUCAUCUGAGAUCAAUAAGAGAGGGAAGGAUAGGAGUCCUUUAAGCACUGAUAGCGGACAACAAGCUCCUGUUACUAAAGAGCAAAAUCAUAGGGAUUAUGAGAACCAUACAAAGAAGAGGAUGCCUUCUACGGACAAUUUUCUUGACUCUCAUCAACCCGUUUUUGACAUGCCCAGUAUGUCAACUGAUUUUCAUAGCUCUGUUGGUCGAGCUACUAGCCCUCCUCCAUACAUGAACGUCGAUUCUAAUGAGACUAGUUCCCAGGUACAUUCAACUCCCAGAUCUGAGGAGAAUUUUGAUGCAUCUGAUGAUGUUUGGCUCACUGUAUCAGAGAUUCCACUCUUUACACAACCUACUAGUGCUCCACCCCCUUCAAGACCCCCUCCUCCAAGACCACCACGAGUUUCAAAGACAACGACAGGCUCAUUUUCUUCCACAAAUGCAAAAAUGAAGGUAGAUGAUUUUUCUUCUUUCCAGAAUUCAACUCAGUGCUCACAACGGAGCUCCCAGUCAACUCGUGCUGCAGCAAACAGCUCUGUUACAUCUCAAAUUGAUGAACUUGAAGAGUUUGCAAUGGGUAGGGCCUGGAAUAAUGUUGAACAGGCUGAAGGUUUUCCCAUUGAUGAUUUUGAGACUAGUUCUGUUGCUGCUGCUUCUGCUGCUGCCAUGAAAGAGGCGAUGGAUAGAGCAGAGGCUAAAUUUAGGCAUGCAAAGGAAAUGAGGGAGAGAGAAAAUUUUAAGGCUGCCAGAACUAAAGAAGCUGAUCAAAUGGAUAAAGAUGAGAGAGAUACGCAAGAUGCUUUUGAUAGAGAAAAGCAAGAGAGACUGGAGCGCGAGAGGCAACAAAGAGAAAGGGAGGAGGAAGAAAGAGAGCAAAGGAGACAUGAAUUGGAGAGGGAAAGGGAGGAGAAGGAGAGAGAACAAAGAAGGCUUGAAAAAGAGAGGGAGCGAGUCAGGGAGAUGGAGAGGGAAAGGGAAAGGGCUAGACAAGCUGUUGAAAGGGCUACUAGAGAAGCACGUGAAAGAGCAGCUGCUGAGGCUCGUGCUAGAGCUGAAAAGGUUGCUGUUGAAAAGGCAGCUGCUGAAGCUCGAGAGCGUGCGGAAAGGGCUGCAGUGCAGAGAGUGCAAACUGAAGCCCGUGAAAGGGCAGCUGCCGAGGCAAGAGAAAGAGCAGAAAGAGCUGCAGCAGAAGCAAGGGAAAGGGAGGCAAGAGAGAGAGAAACACAGGAGAGGGCUGCAUCAGCAAAAGCUGAAGCUGAAGCAAGGCAUAGAGCAGAAAGAGCUGCUGUGGAGAGGGCUGCUGCGGAGGCUCGAGAAAGAGCUGCUGCUUCUGCAAGUGCAAGCCAGCAAAAUAAUGACAAUGAUCUUGAAUCCUUUUUUAGUAUGGGUUCUCGACCAAGCAAUGCGCCAAGGCCAAGAGCUAACAUUUCGGAUCCUGUGUUUGAUGGACAAAACAGAGGAGGGCCUGAAGUAGCUAAGAGAACAUCUGUUGGAUCUUCAUCUAGCAUGAAGAAAGCAUCUUCAACUACAAAUAUUGUUGAUGAUCUCAGUUCUAUUUUUGGAGCUGCUGCAUCUUCAUCUGGUGAGUUCCAAGAGGUUGAAGGGGAAACUGAAGAAAGGCGAAGAGCCAGGUUGGAACGCCACCAACGAACUCAGGAGCGUGCUGCAAAAGCACUGGCUGAGAAAAAUCAACGUGACCUUCAAGUGCAAAGGGAACAAGCUGAGAGACAUAGAAUUUCUGAAACACUUGAUGUUGAGAUCAAGAGAUGGGCUGCUGGGAAAGAGGGAAAUUUGCGUGCUCUACUAUCAACCAUGCAAUAUGUUCUUUGGCCUGAAUGUGGUUGGCAACCUGUUUCUUUGACGGAUUUGAUUACAGCUGCUGCUGUUAAAAAGGCUUACAGAAAGGCUACUCUUUGCAUCCAUCCUGAUAAGGUCCAGCAGAAAGGUGCCAAUCUUCAGCAGAAAUAUAUUUCAGAAAAGGUGUUCGACUUACUCAAGGAAGCAUGGAACAAGUUCAAUUCAGAGGAACUUUUUUGAGUUUGAAUUUGUGUAGAAGUUCAUAAUUUGGCAAGCUAUGCCUUGGGAGUUGAAUGCAUAACUGUUCCAGCAACUGUAUCAGUAUCUGUUGCUGUUGUUGAUUCAUUAUACCAGCUGGUAGAACGGAGCAUAUGAUACCAGCUUCAAAGUUUUGUGAGGAAAGUGAAGGGUGAAGAUAUUCUUCUUUUGUUCAGAUUGCUGUACAUUAAUCUUCAUCCAACUGAUGCACCACGGGCAAUUGAUUUAUUUCGAGUUGAUGUAGAUUAUCAUCCACCCGGUCUACUCGGAGAUCAUUUUUUGUAGUUAAUUCUUUUACAAUGUAUUUUUUUCCCCACUUUCUUUUGGGUGGAUAAUAGAGCAUUGAUUAGAUUAUGUUGAGUGAAUACCGAUUAUUGUUCUAUUGAUGGUAUGCAAUGUGUAUGGAAAUUGAUUUGUUUUUGGCAUAGAA